AUGGGUGCCUUCAUUAACGACCGAUUGAAAAUCCAGAACUGGCACUCAGAGUACACGAGGAAGAAAUUCAGCGACGUGGUGAACUGUACUGCAAGAAACGUUGACGCGAUCGCAGAUCGAGGUGCCCUACUACAGAUGGAUUAUCCACAGGUACUAGAGGAGUUGACUAUGAUGUCUGGUGGGCUGUCACUUGCGUACAAGGGAUACCUAAUAUUCAUGGCCAAGUACGAAGAAGAGUUUGUGAGCUCUAACAUUCCUGACAUGAAGCUCACCUUAAACCAGUACUUCUUUCUGCAGUUCGCUUUGAACUUCUGCACGACGAAGCGCAAAGAAUACAAGAAUAUGCUGAACCUGACAGGCUUAGACAGUAAGCUUCGAAUUGUGGUUCCCAUGCAGAGCUCGUUUCGAAUGUCAAAAGACUUUGUUUGCGCGGAUACGAGUGUCCUGGGAAGGCCUGACAAGUGUUCGAUUUUAUAGGAGCACGGCAAGCUGUGAAAUUGGGAAUUAGGAGAACCAACUUGAAGGUUAACCUCAA